ACAUAUUAGGUUCCCCUGUCCUAAGAAGCAGAAUUAGCCUGGAAUCUUGUGCACUUGUUUCCUUCAAUCCUAGGAAGGAGGUGACGGCAUGAAGGGAAAACGAGAGGGAAAUACAGACUCUUAAGAGGCUUUCAGACAAACUUAAGGAAGGAGGAUAAAUUGUGUGAAAGGAAGAUGAACAUGCAGAUGCUUGUUGUUUGAUGCGGCUUCAUUGAAGGCAUGUGGCUGCCUGCACACAGUGUUUCCCUCCACACUCUCCAGCCGACUGGUGGAAGAUCUGCAUUCAUGUGGCUGAGUGCUACAUGAUUUAUCCACCCAAAAUAACGUGAGAAUACUUUCUUUGCUCCACUCUACGCGGACGUAUCCGUACUACUUUAUGCCGGCUGACGCACUGAGUUCUGGAGCUGGGGAGAACGGAUCUAAAUCAGUCUGAACAACGUGAGGACCUGAGGCAGCAGAUGUGGGGCUCAGGAAGUGUAAACCGACCAGCGCCGGUCCCUGCCUUCCUCAGGAACCCACCUGUCCUCCCGCCGCCUCUGGACAUGAAGCCUUUCCUCCAGUUUCCCCUGGAGUCGCCUCAUCCGGCCAGCAUCGGCCUCUUCCACAACUUUAACGCCAUGGACCCGGUCCAGAAGGCUGUGAUGACGCACACCUUCGGGCCGCCUAUUGUGAAAACAAAGAGGCCGAUAAUCUCCUGCAACGUUUGUCAAAUACGCUUCAACUCAGAGAGUCAAGCAGAGGCGCACUAUAAAGGAAACCGCCACGCUCGAAGGGUGAAGGGCAUUGAGACGUCAAAGACAUCGCGUCUCCAAGACGGAGACAAACCUCAGCCUCCAUCCUCGCCCUCCCCGCCCGGCCUCACGCCGUCCAGCCCGACGUCUGACCCCAACCCCAACAAGCAGGAUGAUCCUCAGGCCUGCCCCAGCCGAAAAGACUCACCCUUGACCCCUAGCCACCUCCCGACAACUCAGAUGAACUCGGCAGACGCAGAGUCGUCUGUCGGCACACCUCUGCCGUCCUCUCCCUCCUCCUCGGCAGCCCUCAGCGGCUCCUCUGGGGACCCGGCGGCGGCUGCUCUACCUGACACCCCCUCCCCGGCACCGAGCCCGACUUCAGGAGAGUCAGAGGAAGAAAAAGCCAAAAAGCUGCUAUACUGCUCUCUCUGCAAAGUAGCUGUUAAUUCCCUUUCACAGCUGGAGGCGCAUAACAAAGGAACCAAACACAAAACUAUCCUGGAGGCUCGAAGUGGACUGGGACCCAUCAAAGCGUACCCUCGCCUGGGUCCCAAACCCAGCCCUGAGCAGGGAGGGGAGCUCUCCUCCGACCCAAACACUCAGGAACGCACCUUCCACUGUGAGAUAUGCAACGUCAGAGUCAACUCUGAGCUGCAGCUCAAACAGCAUAUAUCGAGCAGAAGACAUCGGGAUGGAGUUGCGGGUAAACCUAAUCCUCUUCUCAGUCGACACAAGAAGCGCACAGACUUUAUGGAACUUCCAAAAACUCUGGGGCCUGGACUUUUACCCAGUCCUCUGGCUGUCGCCGCAGCGAUGGCGGCAGCAGCGUCGUCGAACCAACUGGCCCUGAGGCCUCCUGGGCCGACCUCCCACCCUCACCCACACCUGCUACAGGGAACGCCCCUCAGCCUGCUGAGGCCGGCCCCGGGGCCCAUCCGCACCACACACGGGCCCAUCCUCUUCACUCCAUACUAACGGUGACGGAAUGGAGAAGAAUCAGGAAGAAGCACACUGUGAACUGGAGGCAACCAUGUGCCAUCUAGAGCCAAACUGGCUGGUCUGGCUGCACAUUUUAUUUUAUUUAUA